GUUUUACUCCAUUCUCUCAUUCAAACUCCACCUCCAGACCUUAAUUUCUGGUCCCAUUUGUUCAAAGCGUUCUGUGGCUUGGUUCAUAUUGUGUCUGUGUUCAGAGUUUAUUCCUGAGCCCUCCGGGUUUUAAGGAAGGAGGCUGAAGGCUUCGACCCUGCUGCCUGGCUGCGAUGCUGCUCACGCUGGGACCGGUGCUCCUGCUGGGCCUGACGCUGUCCCUGUUGGACCCGGCCUCCGGAGCCUCCUCUCUGGGGCUGACCGUGUUCGCUGUGCCCCAGGACGGUGAUGGAGGAACAACGGUGCGAGCCUAUUUUACAGCCAUCGCUCCCAGUCCUUGUCCAUCCCUGUCUGGACUGUGUGCUGCAGGCGAGGACUGUCGCGUCUACUCCACCUCCCUGCCCUUUAACGGCACGCUGCCCAGUCCGGGCUGGUGUGUCCGUCAGUGGCAGAAGGUCGUCCCCAGCAGCUAUAACGCCUCCUUCGCCUUGGGGUCCAACACAGACGUGCAUGUAGUGAUGAAGGCAGGACCCACCGUCCGGCCGAACACUGGGAGGCUCAAUCAGCCUCCGUAUGUCGCGCUCCCUCCUCCACUGAGAGCGCGCGUGAACUGCCCUCACGACGUCUUUCUGUCUGUGAAAGACCUGGACGGGGACCGAGUGCGAUGCCGCUACGCGCGUCCUGAGGACGGAGAGUGUGACAACUGCAAACAGUUCCAGUUCCUGGAACUGGAUGAGGAACGCUGUCUGCUGACGUUCACUGGACGAGCACAGGCCGGACAGUACUCCAUCCACCUGGUGGCAGAGGAUUUUAGUCCUUCACCUAAGAUGAGGCUGGUCACAGACCAAACGCCGCUCAGCUCCGUCCCGGUGCAGCUCACUCUCACUGUGGAGGCCUCAAACACCUUCUGCAGUAGCGAACCUGUGGCGUACGGGGAGACGCCCAGAGACGGCGCCGCGCUGUUCCUUCUGCCGUUCCAGCAGGAGACGUUCACCGUCAGCUUCGACUCACGGUCCGAGAGCGUUUCUGACAUAGCGGUGGUCGGUCCCCCCGAGCUCUUCAGAACCAACUUCAAGUCAUUGGGGCCCCUGGCGGCGCUGACCAUGGCCUGGGUCCGGUCCAACAACACUCUGCCUCACCUUUUGCCUGUCUGCUACGUUGCCAAUACCAUAAAUUUACAGUCAGAGCCCAGAUGUGUGUGGCUGUACCAAAGGCAGAUGAAGGCACUCCCUGCUGGAACAGAGCUGAGUUGUCAGAAGACUGAGAUGGUGCUGGUGCUCCCGGUCGCCUCCCUGAAAAACAUCAAGCUGGCAGAACUGCAGCUCAACAGUGCCACCUGUCCCAUCAGCUACAACAGCACACACCUGACUGCACACAUCUCCCUGAGCGGCUGUGGCACCAAGGCUGUGCAAGCUGGUUCAGAGCUGGUUUACACCAACACCUUGCAAAGUGUGCAGCCGUACACGGUGAUCAGCCGCAGGCCGUCCCUCAUCCUGCCGUUGGCCUGUAGGAUCCCUGGAGCCCAAGUCAGGGGUCCACAGUACAACGCGUCCGUCCCUACGGAGCAGGAGGCCUUUGGUGCGUUUAACUUCCAGCUGGACUUUUACCUCCCAGGACAAGGGCCCCUGUCAAAAUUCACUCGCAGCCCCACCUUUCGCACCUUCCAGCCAUCAGCACGAAGGCGUCGAGACGUUGUCUCGUCCUCCGGAGACAAUAGAAUCUCCAUCAAGUCCACGAGUGGUGACAACUCCAGAAUCACGCAGCUGGACAUGUAUGUGACGUCCAACUGCAGCGUGGCUGCAGCGGAGCUGAUAGUGAGCCACUGUAUGGAGUCUGACACCGAGGACUUCACCGUGAACACCCCCAUUUUACAGCAAGGGUGUUUGGCUUCCAACAGCAUAUUGGAAAUUCUUACAACAAACACCAAUGUCAAGAUUUACCGACUUGAUCUGAGCACCUUGGCACCAAAAGGAUCAAUGAUGUACGUUCAGUGCACAGUCAACCUGUGCAUCACUACCACGCCCUCCUCCACCUGCCCUGAUCUGUGCAGCCGUGCCACCAGUGCAGGACCACUGGUGUCCAGUUUCUUGACCAAAUCCUACAACGUGACCUCAGGAGCCAUCAGCCUGUUGGUCACCACUCCUGCACCAUCCACAACUGUCAACACUGCAGCUCCCACUGCCACUGGUGCCACUGGUUCCACCACCAAACCCGCAGCCACCCACAGCACCACCCGCUCGUAUGCUCCAGGACGGGCUCCAGGAGUGGCAGCAGCAGCGAUUUUGACAACCCUGAGUGUAUUUCUCCAAAACACCUUUUCUUACUAAAAAUGCUGCUGCGUGAUGACGAGUACAAACGUGGCAAACUAAAAUUGCCUGUUUGAGACAUUUGAAGGUUACUGGACAGGAUUAUAUGCUUACAGUUUAGUGAAAAAUGCUUAUUGCUGCGCCCCAUGCCAUUAACAUAGCACCAAUGUUUUUAUGGAUUUGUUUUGUGCUUAUUUAGGGAGACACCAUGAUCUGACAUAUUGAUGCCUCUGCUUUGAGUCCUGGGUGUCUUUCUUCCUGUCUUUUCUGUCAGCUCUCUACUGUUUAGCACAUGAAAACAGUAUGUACAAUGAUGCAAUAUAAAAAUAUAAUUAAUAAGACUUCACCAUUCAACACUAUUUGUGUUUUACUGGAAAGUGUUAAUGGGAAAAAGUGUAUCAAAUGUGCUUUUGUUGUAACAUAACAAAUUAAACACUUCUGUAAAUGGGA